CGCACCCUGGCCGGAGAAAAGGCAUGAAGCCUCGCUGAACCAGAAUUUACUGAUAGCGUCGAUGGAUAUGGAAAAGUGCAAAUUCGCUCCGUCUCUGGCUGCGGACGCACCCGACAUCUGGGCUACGUCGUAAGCGGCCAUGGAUGGUAGAGGGAAGCCCUCGGAAGAGCAAGCGCAGCUCUUCGCGAGGGAGUGUGUGAGGAACCUGGUUUUGUUUCGUUCGCGUGUGUCCAGAGUGCAGGGGUCUCGUGGGCUGAUUUUUCUAGUUUCCAUUUUGCCUCUUUGGCCCCUUCAUCAUCCUCAACAGGGUCCUGAUUCCUCGCGUCUCUAGUCCCAACCACUUGCUCGCUAGCGCUCGCGGAGGACUUCGCUACAGCAAAGGUGGGAUUGUACCUGCGGCAUAUCUGCUUUCGAGACCUUACUAAAAGCUUUCGGCUCCACCUCCAGAUAGUACAGUCAGGGCAGUACAUUCGCUGGUACCGGUCGCAGGUUCGCCCUCGGUCUCUCUCUCUCACGGUCUCUGACGAGCGCCGAAUUGAUAGGCAAUGCUCUGAUCUGACGAGAAAGACUCGACCCCGGCCGAGUACUACAGCAGCUGACCCCAUGCUGCACUGUGUAGCUAAAGUUGAUCGACCCGAGGAGCGCAGCUAAUUUGGUUUGUACUACCGCAGCGCGUUCAAUUUUGCGACAACUCUUCCUAUUCAAAAAAAAAUAUCCAGGUGUUCGUACCACAAUGGAGAGGAUGGCAGUGCUCGUUCUGGCUCUGUGUUGGCUCGGAUUACUCCUAACUCCAGGAGCGAAAGCAGCUGAGGAUGAGCAUAUGCCUCAUGACAACAAUCAGACGACCGAUGGCGUUCAGUCAUUAUGUCAGGCGCUGGAUCCAUCCCCGCAGGUGCAGCCGUUCGUAGAGGAGCUCACUCAGCCUCCUGUCAUUGACAUCUCCACUGGCCAGCAGCUCACUCUUGGAGUCUAUAAAAUCAAACAGAAAUUCCAUCCCGACCUUCCGGAGACGACUCUGUACGCGUACGGCACGAGCCAGGAGACGGCGUCGACGCCAGGCCCGACGUUGUUGGCCACCCGGGGCAUCGAGUCGUACGUGCGAUGGGAGAACCACCUCAACGACUCGGAGCAUUUCUUGACGGUCGACCACAGCAUCCACUGGGCCAAUCCGAAAUCCGGCGGAGUACCCAUCGUCACGCACUUGCACGGCGGCGAGGUCCUGUCGGAGUCCGACGGGUACCCGGACGCCUGGUACACGAGUGCCGGCGAACUGGGUCCGGCCUUCACCACGCAGAACUACACGUACGCCAACGCUCAGCCCGCGGCGCUACUGUGGUACCACGACCACACGGUGGGCAUCACGCGGCUCAACAUGCUGGCCGGCAUGAACGGAAUGUACUUGAUCAAGUCGCCCGGCGAGGAGCCCGAGAACCUGCCGGCCGGCGAGUUUGAGAGGCUCAUUGUCGUCCAGGACAAGCAGUUCCACGCCGACGGCGCCGUCAACUUCCCCACGGUGGGAGUGUCGCCCGGCGUGCACCCGAGCUGGUGCCCGGAGUACUACGGCGACACCAUCAUCCUCAACGGCAAGGCCUGGCCCGUCAUGACCGUGUACCCGACCAUGUACCGCUUCCGCAUGGUGAACGCUGCCAACGCUCGCUACUUCGUCAUGACGCUGAGCGACCCCAAGCUGCGCUUCUACCAGAUCGGCACCGACGGCGGCUACCUGCACAAGCGCCUUAAGCUCACCACGUUGACCAUGGGUCCCGCCGAGCGCCUCGACUUCCUCAUCGACUUCUCCAAGGUCACCCCCGGCUCCGUCGCCUACCUCAACAACUCCGGCAACGCGCCGUACCCGGACGGCGACCCGGCCGUCGGCUUAGCCACGGUGAUGAUGAAGUUUAACGUGGUCGCUGCGCCAGAGAACGUAACCGUGCCGCAGUUUGACCUGCCGGCGUCGCAGGUGCUGGGCCCGCGCGUGAGGAUCAGCACGGAGGGCGCCGUGGUGAGGAGCAUGACGCUGUCGGAGUACGACGACGGCAACGACAACCCCACGGGGUCGCUGCUGAACGGGCUCAGGUGGCGCGACCCGCUGACGGAGACGCCGGAGCUGAACUCGACGGAGGUGUGGGAGAUCAUCAACCUGACGGAGGACGCGCACCCCAUCCACCUGCACCUGGUGUCCUUCCGCGUCAAGAGCCAGCAGGCCUUCGACGCCGUAAGGCAGGCCAACUACAAUUGCUCCUUCUUCGUGCCGUUCCCCGACCCCAAGAGCUGCUUCACGGAGGCGCCGCAGAAGCCUGAGCUGCACCACCGCGGUUGGAAGGACACGGCCACCGUGUACCCCGGCAAGGUCACCGUGUUCGUGGUGCGGUGGGCGACGCAGUCGGGCGAGCAGUUCUCGUUCGACGCCACCAGCGGGCCCGGUUACGUCUGGCACUGUCACAUUCUGGACCACGAGGACAACGACAUGAUGCGGCCUCUGAAGAUGAUGGCCGCCAAUUCUUCCCAGCUUCCAUAGAUCUGAGCAUUUUGCCCCGCCCAUGUCCGAUCCGACCAUGUCUCUUUUGUAGCCUGUCUGUACAGCGAGCGCGUGUGUGUUAGAGAUUCAAAAGGCGAUGCAGCCCCUAGGCCAAGAAGUAGGAUUUUGAGGACGAAGAGAGCGAGGAGCAGAUGAUAUCGAAUGGUGUGUCAAAUGGUGCGGGUCAGUGAGGACCGUGGGAACAAGAGGAGGGAAUAAGACUCUACCGGCAGGGAAGCGAAACCAGAUUGUGAACUUGUUUUGGAAACGAGUAAACUUCGUCAUCCAAAGACCGGAAGCGAGAGGGAGAAUAUCUGCUCCAGUUUCAACAAACUAUUACCUGGUAAGAGAAGGAAACUCGGACGGUGGCACGCAGAAUCAUGUUCCUGGUGAACGAUGAGUGGUGUUGUGAUGGUCGUACCUCCCACGGAUGUAGAACUGAAACUGGAAGGGUCCGAUUUCAAGGCGGACCCGGAUUCAAGUAUUGUCAUCUUACCACUUCCUUGCUAUGGAUCAACUAAUGAAUCGAGCACAUUCAAGCUGAUGUUCAAGCCCUGCUCUACCAUGCUGAUCAAGGUCAACCAUGAUCCCCAAUUCAGAGGCGUGUAAACCAUCUCCGUGAAUAUAUCAGUUGCAGGGUGCAAGAGAAGAAAUUUUCUGGAGGGUCGGUCAGCCAUCUCAUGCUCAUCAUUCAAGCAACCGAAGUCUCGAGGGUAUUUACUCUUCAUACGUGUUGAUCACAUAUCAACACACUUGAAGAAUGAUCAUGCGCUCUGUUCCAUAACUUUUGAGAUAACAUAGAGCAUUUGUUGCCUCGCAUUUCGCACUGGUCCUGUGCAAUAUGAGAGAGAUUCAUGAGCUCACGUAUCCAGUGAGAAUUCCAAAAGACCUUUCAACUACUUCUACGCCAUGGUCAAACUGAGUGAAGAUUAUAUUUCAGCCAUAAAGACAGUUUCCAUGCUAGUGACGUGACACUAAAAAGAAGCUUUGUGAAAGAAAGAAGUGAAUUGUUGUCCCAGAGGUUGUCUCACUGGCAAUGGAAGCGGCGCCUCACCGAUAUAUAUGCAGAGAAAUCUCUUGCUCUUGAUCCAUUUUUGCAAGUCGGAUAGAUCUCAAAAUUACCGCAUAAGGGCCCACAUGGCCUCCACUUUUCUGGUCUCUGCUUCCUUAUCCCGCCCUUCCUUGAUUGAUGAGGCAGACAUGGGAAUCGAGCAUGAAAAACGGCUAUAAUCACAUCAAACCAUUUUUAAACGUCGAAGAUUGAUCUACAGCCCAAAACUAUCUUCUACAAAGUUCUUCACUUGCUUAAGAUUGCAUCUCUUGGAAGGGAUCAGACAAGUGCGAUGAUGAGAUUCUGAGGUUCGAGCGGGUUGAUUCCGCGGAUAUUGGCUCCUUCAACAUUGUACUCACCUCUCUCAAUUCCUCUCCCACGGGCGGUAUGAAGGAAUCGACGCUACAAGGAGUUUGACAACUUAUACGGUGAUAAUUAGCUGCUUCAAUGAGCUUAGUAACCAACUGUGAGUUCUUUCAGCCUCUACAGAUUCAUUACAGAUUUGCAGCACUGACAGGUCUGUAGGCAAUGCCUUAUUAUUGUACCGUGAUAUGGAAUGAAGUGG